AUGUGCGGCAUCUGGGGACUGUUCGGAUGCGAGUACGAUCCAAAGCUUCACAAGACCAGCUUCGACUCCAUUGUUGGCCGCGGCCCCGACUUCACCAUCGUCAAGACCGUACAUAAGAAUGUGGUGCUCGGGUUUCAUCGUUUGGCCAUUGUCAGAGUAAGGUUUUGUUACAUAGUGUCACUUUCUUGGUUUAUAUUUAUAAGUUAUAGAUAUAGAAAACUCAAAAGGUACCUUUCUGUGAAAUGUAUAAACCAAAGUCUUACUUUUUUGUAAGAUUUUUUCUUUAAUUUUAGGUUUUGAACAACUCUAUUCAGAUCCAGAUUGACCUCCCAAUACUUUAAAACCUCUUUUUGUUAUUUUUAGCCAGGAGACGAGCCCUCAAACCAGCCCAUCUGUUACAAAGGGCAACAAGUAGUGUGUAACGGGGAGAUUUACAACCAUGAGUACUUGAAGAAGAUGUCUGGCUUCGACCAUCAUGACGUUGAGAACGGUGGAUCCGACUGUGCCGCCAUCCUCCACUCGUUCCGCUUCUACAACGGUGACCUUCAGAAGACGUGUAGCUCCCUGGACGGUGUAUUCGCCUUCGCUUUGUGGGAUGGAGAAUGUCUGAAUGUUGGCCGUGAUCCUCUCGGAGUACGACCUCUGUUCUACGGCUUCCAGAACGACGGUUCGUUGGUGUUCGGAUCAGAAGUCAAGUGUAUCUCACAGCUGGUACAGAAGGUGGAGUACUUCCCUCCAGGGUGUUGUGCCCAGAUCAAGUUGUCACAGUUGAUCAACAAAGCGCCGGUCCACAUCAGACAGUACUACUUUGUACCAUCUAUUCCUAAUUUGACCGUGGAUGCUACUGGAGCUAUCGUGAGUUUGUUGAUCUUGUAAAUGUAUUUUGUUUUAAAUAAGUCCAUUCAGUAAGGCACAUUAGGUAGCCUAAUUAAAAUCAAUCAUUUUUUUGCUUCGUGUAGUUCCUUACUAACCUUUAACUUCAGGAGACCAUCAGGAAUCUACUGGUUGAUUCAGUCCACAAACGUUUAAUGGGUAACCGACAGUUUGGUUUCAUGUUGUCCGGAGGGCUUGACAGUUCUCUAAUUGCGGCCAUCGCCUCCCAAUACCUAACAGACGUGAAGCCAGUAGCCUUUUCCGUAGGCUUCGAAGACUCUCCGGAUCUGGAAAUGGCGCGCAAAGUGGCCGAACAUCUGGGGAUCGCCCACGAGAUCUUGAUCAUCACACCCGAAGAGUGCUUGGCCAUCAUCCCCGAAGUGAUAUACGCGCUCGAGACAUUCGAUCCGCUGAUUAUUCGCUGCGGAGUAGCCCAUUAUCUCCUCUGCAAACACAUCGCCAAGCAUUCGGACGUCAAAGUGUUGUUAUCCGGGGAAGGGGCGGACGAACUGUUCGGCUCCUAUGCCUACAUGCAGAAUGCCCCCAACACCGCAUACCUACACAGAGAGAUCAUCAGAAGACUAAAACACUUGCAUCAGUAUGAUGUUCUCAGAUGUGAUCGGGCAACAUCGUGCCACGGUCUGGAGAUUCGGGUACCGUUCUUGGACAAGAAGAUUAUCGACUUCUGUGCUCGAUUACCGCCAAAGUAAGUUGCUAAUAUAGCAAGCAUGAAGCUUUUCUAAAUUUUUAAUAACAAAAGACGACUUACAAAUAACUAAUAUUACCUAAAACAAUCAAAAAUUUGCGUUAAACCGCAAUUUUUUUAAUUUUUAAACAUAAAACAACAUGAAUUCAUGCCAUAAUAAAUUAUAAUAACUCAAAACAUCUUCAGAUUCAAACUGUCCUCAGGUAAAAUGGAGAAAUACUUACUACGCAAAGCAUUUGACGGCUGGAUACCUCACGAUGUGCUGUGGAGAAGCAAGGAAGGCUUCAGCGAAGCUCUCGGCAAGAUGUGUUUGGGCACGAUAGUCCACGAUUACGUUGAUAAUCUCAUUUCUGAAGUCAAAAUGGACUCAAAACUCAGCGCAUUCCCGUGGCAUUGUCCUGAAACAAAAGAAGAGUACUGGUACAGGCAGUUGUUCGAGAAGUACUAUCAAGUAUCCAAGAUGCACGACGUUAUCCAUCAGAAAAUUUACAGGUAAGAAUUAACUUGGAGUUAAGAGUAAAAAAUAGGUAUAUAAAAGCUGUUUUACACUAAUCUAGCUUAACAUAAACAGCCUUUACUUUUGUGAUCAAAAUUGUUAUUUUAAUACCUAAAAUAUUAUUGUAAAUCAACCAUAUAUCAACUUAUAUAAUCGUUACCUUCAGAUCGGCCGCAUGGCAGAUGAUGGACGAAAAAGAAAACUGUGAUAAACCAAUGUUGAACAUUGAAGCAGUCAGAUUCCGUCGACGGUCAACAGGUUCAGCAAAGUUCUCUGGAGUAGCGUAA